AUGACAAAUCAAACAACGAAAUACUUUGAUAGAACCAAGCUCUUCCGCCCAGGUAGAUUUGACUUGGAUACAUUUAAAUCCAAGAUGGGCGUUGUUGUUUCAAUUUUCGGAUUACUCUAUGGUGCUAAUAUGCUUUUUAAUGGGGCUAUUAAACCACUUUAUUAUAAACAUUUUAAACCUUCAACAGAGAAAUAUGCAGAAUUCAUGAAGGACGAAUGGUCAGGAAAGCACUAA